GUUUUCAGGAGUCUUUCUAGACUUCUUGUACCUGGAGGUUGUGCCAUGUGGUUACCUGUAUGGAAGACUGUAAUUUUCCACUUGUUCCCUGGAGUACCCGGAAAUCUCUAGAUGUUGUCAUCGCUGUGUUUUUUUAAGUCAUUUUUGAAAUUUCAACUUGGAAGAGAGAUUCAGCAUGUGCUUUGCGGGAAGGGGAAGCACGUCUGAGCACACCUCUUAGCUGCUGGCCCGGGCUGAGAGGUACCCUGACUUGGCUGAGAGAGGCACUUGGCUGCACGCCAUUCUCAGGAAUGAGCCUCUGUGGCCUCGGACUCCUUGGUGACAACCUUGGCAAGUUUCUGGGCCGGGCCAGAGCACCCGCUCUGUGGAGAUCCCGCCAUCCUCGCAAACCAGAUCUGGCUCCCAGGCACCUAGUGCCCAGACCGGGGUCAUUUGAGAGGCCUGCGCUUCCACUGCCAAGGUCCCAUCUGAUGCCCAGGCUGAAGGAGUCUCGCUCACACGAGUCCCUGCUCAGCCCCAGCAGCGCGGUGGAAGCGCUGGACCUCAGCAUGGAAGAGGAGGUGGUCAUCAAGCCCGUGCACAGCAGCAUCCUGGGCCAGGACUACUGCUUCGAGGUGACAACGUCGUCCGGAAGCAAGUGCUUCUCGUGCCGAUCGGCAGCCGAGCGGGAUAAGUGGAUGGAGAACCUCCGGCGAGCGGUACACCCCAACAAGGACAACAGCCGGCGUGUGGAGCACAUCCUGAAGCUGUGGGUGAUCGAGGCUAAGGACCUGCCGGCCAAGAAGAAGUACCUGUGUGAGCUAUGCCUGGACGACGUGCUCUAUGCCCGCACCACGGGCAAGCUCAAGACCGACAAUGUCUUCUGGGGGGAGCAUUUUGAGUUCCACAACCUGCCACCCCUGCGCACUGUCACCGUCCAUCUGUACCGGGAGACUGACAAGAAGAAGAAGAAGGAGCGCAAUAGUUACCUGGGCCUGGUGAGCCUGCCGGCUGCCUCUGUGGCCGGGCGACAGUUCGUGGAGAAGUGGUACCCAGUGGUGACGCCUAACCCCAAGGGUGGCAAGGGCCCCGGGCCCAUGAUCCGCAUCAAGGCGCGCUACCAGACCAUCACCAUCUUGCCCAUGGAAAUGUACAAGGAGUUUGCCGAGCACAUCACCAACCACUACCUAGGGCUCUGUGCAGCGCUCGAGCCCAUCCUUAGUGCCAAGACCAAGGAGGAGAUGGCAUCGGCCCUGGUGCACAUUCUGCAGAGCACGGGCAAGGUGAAGGACUUCCUGACGGACCUGAUGAUGUCAGAGGUGGACCGCUGCGGGGACAACGAGCACCUUAUCUUCCGGGAGAACACGCUGGCCACUAAGGCCAUCGAGGAGUACCUCAAGCUGGUGGGCCAGAAGUACCUGCAGGAUGCACUAGGUGAGUUCAUCAAAGCGCUGUAUGAGUCGGACGAGAACUGCGAAGUAGACCCAAGCAAGUGCUCGGCCGCCGACCUCCCUGAGCACCAGGGCAACCUCAAGAUGUGCUGCGAGCUGGCUUUCUGCAAGAUCAUCAACUCCUACUGUGUCUUCCCCCGGGAGCUGAAAGAGGUGUUUGCCUCGUGGCGGCAGGAGUGCAGCAGCCGCGGCCGGCCCGACAUCAGCGAGCGGCUCAUCAGUGCCUCCCUGUUUCUGCGCUUCCUCUGCCCGGCCAUCAUGUCACCCUCGCUCUUCAACCUGCUGCAGGAGUACCCUGACGACCGCACCGCCCGCACCCUCACCCUCAUCGCCAAGGUCACCCAGAACCUGGCCAACUUUGCCAAGUUUGGCAGCAAGGAGGAGUACAUGUCAUUCAUGAACCAGUUCCUGGAGCACGAGUGGACCAACAUGCAGCGUUUCCUAUUAGAGAUCUCCAACCCCGAGACCAUCUCCAACACGGCCGGCUUCGAGGGCUACAUUGAUCUGGGCCGUGAGCUGUCUAGUCUGCACUCGCUGCUCUGGGAGGCUGUCAGCCAGCUGGAGCAGAGCAUUGUAUCCAAACUGGGGCCCCUGCCUCGAAUCCUGAGAGAUGUCCACACAGCACUGAGCACCCCAGGCAGUGGGCAGCUGCCAGGGACCAAUGACUUGGCCUCCACUCCUGGCUCGGGCAGUAGCAGCAUCUCGGCCGGGCUGCAGAAGAUGGUGAUAGAGAACGAUCUCUCUGGUCUGAUAGAUUUCACCCGGUUACCGUCUCCAACCCCCGAAAACAAGGACUUGUUUUUUGUCACAAGGUCCUCCGGGGUCCAGCCCUCACCUGCCCGCAGCUCGAGUUACUCGGAAGCCAACGAGCCUGAUCUUCAGAUGGCCAAUGGUGGCAAGAGCCUGUCUAUGGUGGACCUCCAAGAUGCCCGCACGCUGGAUGGGGAGGCGGGCUCCCCGGCGGGCCCCGAGACGCCGGGCACCUCUGAGGGCACCCCCGGCCGGCCCCAGCUGUUGGCGCCGCUCUCCUUCCAGAACCCCGUGUACCAGAUGGCGGCUGGCCUGCCACUUUCACCUCGUGGCCUUGGCGACUCGGGCUCCGAGGGCCACAGCUCCUUGAGCUCCCACAGCAACAGUGAGGAGCUGGCAGCUGCCGCCAAGCUGGGAAGUUUCAGCAGCGCCGCGGAGGAGCUGGCGCGGCGGCCCGGGGAGCUGGCGCGGCGGCAGAUGUCACUGACUGAGAAGGGCGGGCAGCCCACGGUGCCACGGCAGAACAGUGCCGGCCCCCAGCGGAGGAUCGACCAGCCACCGCCACCCCCCCCACCGCCUCCUCCUGCGCCCCGUGGCCGGACGCCACCCACCCUGCUGAGCACCCUGCAGUACCCGCGGCCCUCAAGUGGAACCCUGGCGUCGGCCUCACCUGAUUGGGCUGGCCCCGGAGCCCGGCUUCGGCAGCCCUCGUCCUCGUCCAAGGGUGACAGCCCGGAGCUGAAGCCUCGUGCAGUGCACAAGCAGGGCCCUUCACCUGUGAGCCCCAAUGCCCUGGACCGCACAGCCGCUUGGCUCUUGACCAUGAACGCGCAGUUGUUAGAAGACGAGGGCCUGGGCCCAGACCCCCCCCACAGGGAUAGGCUAAGGAGUAAGGAGGAGCUCAGCCAAGCAGAAAAGGACCUGGCGGUGCUGCAGGACAAGUUGCGAAUCUCUACCAAGAAGCUGGAGGAGUAUGAGACCCUGUUCAAGUGCCAGGAGGAGACAACACAGAAGCUGGUGCUGGAGUACCAGGCACGGCUGGAGGAGGGUGAGGAGCGGCUGCGGCGGCAGCAGGAAGACAAGGACAUCCAGAUGAAGGGCAUCAUCAGCAGGUUGAUGUCAGUGGAGGAGGAGCUGAAGAAGGACCAUGCUGAGAUGCAAGCAGCUGUAGACUCCAAACAGAAGAUCAUUGAUGCCCAGGAGAAGCGCAUCGCCUCCCUGGAUGCCGCCAACGCCCGCCUCAUGAGCGCCCUGACGCAGCUGAAAGAGAGGUACAGCAUGCAGGCCCGUAACGGCGUCUCCCCUACCAACCCCACCAAAUUGCAGAUCACUGAGAACGGCGAGUUCCGAAACAGCAGCCAUUGCUAACCUGCCCGAGGAGGGAGGACUGUGGUGGCCCGGGGCCGGCCUCAGCCCGGGGAGCCCCAGCGCGGGGGCGGGAGGCCCAGGCCCCCCCCUUCCCUCCACCUGCGGUCCAGGAGGUGCCACGGAGGGAGCCUCAACAGACUGACGCAGCGGGGGCCCGCUGCCCUCUCUUCUGGCCCAAGAAGCGAGUUCGGUGCAGGCCAAAGAGACUGCACACGGGGGGGGUGGGACAGCCUGGGGAGAGCAGGAGGCUGCCAAAAUAUGUCUCUGUUGGUUAUUGAA